GGCGACGCGCAAUCACUUCCUGGUUGCCUCGGAACCACGUGUGCGAGUGUUUAUUAUAGAUCCAUGCAUGUGUGCUGUUUAUUAUAAUUUUGUUUCCCUUUUUUGGGGGGCGAAGCCACGCGUCGCUGUACGACAUUAGCGAAAUGUGUCGUGAAUGUCGCCGCGAUGCAUCUGCAGCAGACAUUUGAUCGGAGCGAUUCCGCGUCUCUUCCGGCAACUUCGUCGUUGGAUUCAUGCGUAUGUCUCUGAGGUCGACUCGGUCACGUCCAACUGCCGAAGAGUUAUCGAUGAAGUCGUGUUACGUUGACCUGGAAAGCUUACCCCCAGGCCACAUGGCCAACAUAUCGAAGCGUCAUCAGUUUGGGGCGGGACAGAGCAGACGGGAUGAAGAAUGCGAUGGACCAGCUGAUGCAGCAAGUGAUUCAGACGACGGCCUGUUCAUCACUCAGAAACCGGUACCCGAGGCCGUUAGGUCAAGAAGGCGGCUUCUGCACACCCCGAGUCCACCGUCGACGUCUCCCAGACAGGAAGAAGAUGAAGCGGGCCCCUCGUUUCCCUCCUCCCUAGCAGAAUCCAGAUCUGUCACAACGAGGAGGAUAAAGAAUCUGCCAAAGUACAGUUUCUCUUUCGUCACAGAGAAGAGGCCCAGGGCAGCUUGGGUUUCGGCCCGGCAGAACAGAGCCCUUCACAAUUAUGCGAUGGGAGGCUUUUUCAAAUGUGUCAAAGAGCUGUGGCAGGGCCGUCAGAGAGGAGAUGAUCCGCAGGCACCUUUACCAACGGUUGACAUGGAUGGGGAGAACAUAUCCCCGUUGUCAGAUGACGAGGACGCGUGGUCAGAAAGUGAGGACAUCAAAGUGGUGGAAAGGACACGUUUUGUUGCAAGGUUAAAACCCAAGUGCUCACAACCUCGGCACAAUCCCGACACAGGGGGCAUCAGUGGGAAAAGAAAGAGGAGGAGCGCUAGUGAAGGACAAGAAGUGUCACGAAUGAAAACACAAAAUAAACCUCCGACUAUGGCAUCCACUGCGUUUCCUCUAGAUACAAAGAGCUCUGAUAAUAAUAAUCGACAUCCUCCCCGUAGAGUUCUGACUGAGAAGGAGACGAGCGAUAAACAUGUGACAAGUGACGGAAGCAUCCUGGUCCACACUGAAACACCAGGGACUAAUAGACGUCUAAACAGAGUGAGCAAGAUGCUUUUUCAAGGAAACGAAAGGGAGGAAGAGCUUUGUGACGACAGUGAUGCUACAUAUUGUGAGCCAAGUGAGCUUCAGCUGAGUCCAUGGGAGCACACAGAGAAGGACAGAGAAGCGUCGCCAAAUGUAACGGAGCCACAAACCGAUGUUUUCACCACAGACGAUCUAUCCCAGGCGGAGGACGAACCUGAGAGCCAAAGUCUUCUCCGUAGUCUCCCAGUGUGUGUAACUGACGGUUAUAAUGAGAGGGUCCGCAAUGUAAGCGGGGCAAAGAGGAGAAAAGCAAAAGGAGAUUGUGAAAGUGUAGAAGAAAGAGGGGACCAGAGUCAUGAGGAACCACAGGGUCUGCCUGCUGCAAGAUCUCUCUGUGUGGAGGCAGAAGAGACCCCCCGCCCGACGCAGACAAGUGACGAGCUGGAGCUCAAUGAGGAAAAUCGGAUGGCGAACUUGUCCCAGGGGAGACGGAAAGAGAACACAGAGAAGAAGAGGAAAAAGAACAAGUUGGCAAAAGAAGUUGUCGGACAGGAGGAGGAUGGAAACCGGGAAUCAGAAGAAAGAGCGGAGAAGGAUUCCCUGUUUUUAUUGACCGGCAGCGUGGCGAAUGGUGGCGAGGAGAAGAAGAGGAAAGUAAUUGUUGAGGGUGAUGAGCAGUUACCGUCGAGCGUUCUACAGCCUCUGAAUGAUGAUGCCGAGAGAUGGAGGAAGAAAGGAAAACUUGUAAAUAUGGAGGAAACAUCGAAUAUGGCUUUAGAUCUCCCUCUGAUAUCGAAAGAACAAUUAGAGGAAACAGGACAUCGUUUAGAAAAUACAGGAUCUUCUCAAGCAACGGAAGAUUACGAAAGUGUUCAAGAAAGAGUGGGAGAGAGUCGGGAAGAACCAGGGGGUGUGCCCGCUGCGAGGUCUGUGCAUUCAGAGACAGCAGGGGAUAAUCGAGCAGAGCCUCCGGCGACGCAGGCCAGUGACGAGCUGGAGCUCAACGAAGACAAUGGGAUGGAGAACUUGACACGCCACGCUAUUCUGGCGAGACAGGAGGAGAGACGCAUUCGCGAUUCCAAACUCACGAAAAAGAGGAGUAAAAAGAACAAGUUGGCAGCAGACGAUGUCGGACAGAAGAAGAAUGGAAACCGGGAAUCUGAAGUGAGAGCGGAGAAGGAUUCCCUGCUUUCAUUGACCUGCCAAGUGGUGAAUGGUGGCGAGGAGAAGAAGAAGAACAAGAAGGAGAAUAAGAGGAAAAGAGUUGCUGAGGGUGAUGAGUCGAGCGUUUUAGAGCCUUUAAAUGAUGAUGCUGAGACACGGAGGAAAAAAGAAAAGAAGCUCGUAAAUAUGGAGGAACAUGGAGAAGAGGCAACACUGAAUAUGGCUUCAGAUCUACCUCUGAUAUCAAAAGAACAAUUAGAGGAAACGGGACAUAGUUUAGAAAAUACAGAGAAGAAGAAGAAGAAGAAAAAGAGGAAAAGAAUAGUUGAAGGUGACGGGGACAUUGAGCUGUUACAGUCGAGCGCCGUUUCAGAACCUCUGAUCGAUGAUGCUGAGACACAGAGGAAAAAGAAGCGACGGAAAAAAGAGAAGAAGCUUGUCAAUACGGAGGAACACGGAGAAGAGGACGCGCUGAACGUGGCUUCAGAUCCACCUCAGGUGUCAAAAGAACAGGAGAUGGGACGUUGUUUAGAAAAUACAGAAUCUUCUCAAGAAAGAUUAGAAGCCAGUUGUGAAAAGAAAAGAAAGAAGCAGAAAAAGAGGAGGCGGCUCUCGGAUCCUCGUGAUGAAGCUCAAGCUGCGGUAGAAGACGGUGUAGAGCUCAAUAAUGUAAGCAUGGAAGAAAGUACAGAACAGUCAGUGAAAAAGAAGAAGAAGAAGAAGCAGAAGGGGAGGGAAGGCCUCUCGGAGGGGGUAGAUGUUUCUUGCACUCCUGACAAAAACACAAAGGCUGAUGAUGUAGAGAAUACCCAGAAAACGAAGGAGGGCCCAGAGUCCGGAGACGCUGCAUCUGUGAGAAAAAAGAAGAAGAAGAAGAAGAAGAAGAGUGAAACAUUUAGCAGACAUGUCUCAGAAGACGCUGUGGCACAAAGUGAUGAUUCGGGGUCUGUGCGGAAAAGGGAAAGGAGGAGGACCCCUUCCUUCCUCGUUGCUGAUGCAGAGGAAAAAGAUGCUCAGACGCUGGAGGAAGUGGAACAGAGCUCAACCUUUUCAAAGUCUGCUGUCGUCUCUGCUCUCGCUGGCGCUUUGGAGACUGAAUCGGCAGAAAUGGCUGGAGGUGUGGAGCCCUCGCAUGACGACGGCGUGAGGAAAAAGAAACGGAAGAGAAAGAGGUCAGAGGUGCAGAAAGAUCACGAGCGGGAUUUGGAGGAAGCGAAUGAAACGCGUCGGGGAGCUUUGCCUGAAGCCACUGACGCAGGGGUGAAGAGAAACAAGAAACCCAUGAGAAACGGAAGUGACCCGGUGACCGCCGCGGGGAGAUCGGAGCGUGCGGACGAUGCGGGCCAUUGUCAAACGGACGAGGCUGUGGCGUUUAAAAAGAAGAAAAAGAAUAAAGUGGCGCCACACCACGCAACACAGGGGAGUCCCCCGACUGACAGCGUCGAGUCCGAAGGAGACGCAUCAGUAAUCUGCAGCUCAGUUUCACUCUCCAGGAAAGACAAACGGUCGGCCUUUCCUUUGGCUUCGCAGAAAAGUCCUGGCCGCAGGGCUGCAGUGUCCCAUGAUCAGAGUACGUCUGACAAAGCCAGCGAGGAAACGCGCAACAAGCCUCACCUAGCCUCGCCCCCUUCACAGACACGUGGGAUUCCAGUAGUAAACGGUGUGAGUGACAAGAAGAAGAAGAAAAACGAGCACAAACGGACUAAGAGGCAACUUCAUAAUCCAAGUGAGGACUUUCUCACAGACUCUUAGGAUGAACUCUCCACAAACUACACACAAAAUGAUUGUUGUAUCCGUAACAUGAAGCCGUCAAUGAUUUUUAAAAUCGACUGAGGCUUUUAUUCUGUGGGCCUUUCACAAGGACUUGAUGUAUUUUUGUUUUGUAUCAAAGCGUUCUUCGCGAACGUGGCUCACAACCUUAUCGGAGUUGAGAAGAUCUCUUGAGAAAUAUAGCGACAGUGCCACACGCAACCAGAAAGCCCUUUUGCAUCAUCAAAUAAAAUCCUCCCAAUGGGAAUGUUCGGUAUGGAA